GAAACAUUAUCAACCUUUAGAAAUGAUCUUAAAUAUCAUAAAACUUUUAAUAAAAGGAAUUUUCAAAUAUGUACUUCCUAUUCUCUUUACCUCAUUCAUUAUUUAUUAAUGGCCAAACUUGAAUGCAAAUUAGGCAAGAAUAUUAAUGAGCAUCAAUGUGUUGCUGAUUGUAAGAGUUGAGAAUUGCUUUGCAUUUUAUAGGUCUUUCUAUUAGUUUUAUGUAGAUUCUAUAAACAGAAAAGUAGAUUUGAAUAUGAAAUGACAAUCUUCUUGGCAACUGUGAAAGUUGUAAAUUCCUUCUCAGCCCAAACUGCCAAUGGAUCAAUCUACAUAAUAGUACAAUACACAAUUAAUAGAUUUGUGAAUGGGUAUUCGAUUUGUUUUUACUCUGCAAUGCACUUUGUUAUGCUCUCUCUUUUUGCACUAUUAUCAUCUUCGUGCUUAUUGUGAUAUUUGGACUUAUCAGAGGAGAUUUCCCUAUUGUAAACCGAGGCUUGUCUCCAGAAGAAUUAUAAACAUUGACAAGAAAACCGUGGAUCGAAUAUUAGGUAUCAUAAUAAGAAGACUGCCCCAUCUGCUUAUGUUAAUUGGAAUAGAUGGAAAUUGUAGUCUAAUUGCCAAAAUGUAAUCAUUAUUUUCAUGAUAUUUGUAUUGACGAAUGGCUUAAUGCAAAACCUUUAUGUCCAUCCUGUAGAAAUAAUGUGAGAAUAGCAUUACUAAAUGAUUGA